GAUAAUAAUGAAAUUAAUAAAUGUGAGGAAUGUGAUUCAUCAACUAGUAUCUAUUCAGAUAAUUAUGUAAAUUCACAGUUCUCAAAAAAAGAAAAAGAACUCUCAACUAUGUGGAAAUAUUUUAAAAAAAUUAAAAAGUCUGGAAAAUGGAAGUGUAAAAGAUGCCCAUCAAAAUAUGAAAAGAACACUAGUACCUCAACAUUAAG